UCCAUAUUCAUACCGCUCGAAAUAUGCAUAGGUGAAUAAAUCAGCAUUUCUUUCUGUGUGGAUUGGAUUGGCAAAGUGGACGUGCCACCGGCCAGAACAACUUUUUUUGGGUGAAAUGCCGCUUUCAAAUGCUGGCCAAGCGGCUGGCCGAUCAGUUCGCCGAGAGCCACGCGAGUCGGUGGUGUCGCAGUGGAGAAAGCCGGAAAAAGUCCAAAGAAAUGAGUCGACGAGCCUGGUUGUGUCUGCUGAUCUGCCUGGCCUUAGCCUGUGGUCUUAAUCUGGUUGCAGCUCAGGAUCAGGAGAUCUCCCAACAGGCAGCGAAUCCCCUACUGAAACAAUCCCAGAAUACAUUCAUCCAAUGGGUUCUCUCGCUUUUGCCACAACGUCCCGGAAGCUCGGAUUCGGAAAAUGCCACACUGGCAACCUUGAGCAGUAGUUCUAUGAUGCCGGAGGCCUCCUCCACCACUUCGACCACCACACCGGCUCCAUCGUCCAGCACCACAACAACUCGAAGGGCGACAACACCACCACCACCUACUUUGAAUCCACCUAGAAAUUGCAGCGAAUGUCUCUGCGGAAUUGCAAAUAUUCAGAAGAGAAUCGUUGGAGGUCAGGAAACGGAGGUUCAUCAGUAUCCCUGGGUUGCCAUGUUGCUCUACGGCGGAAGGUUCUAUUGUGCCGCCUCCUUGCUAAACGACCAGUUCCUCUUAACCGCCUCGCAUUGUGUCUAUGGCUUCCGAAAAGAGAGAAUCUCGGUGAGGUUACUCGAACACGACCGCAAGAUGUCGCACAUGCAGAAGAUUGACCGCAAGGUGGCCGAGGUGAUCACCCAUCCGAAGUAUAAUGCCCGGAACUAUGACAACGAUAUAGCCAUCAUCAAGUUGGAUGAGCCGGUGGAGUUCAACGAGGUGCUCCAUCCUGUCUGUAUGCCAACUCCAGGCAGGAGUUUCAAGGGAGAAAAUGGCAUAGUCACCGGUUGGGGCGCACUCAAGGUUGGCGGACCCACAUCAGAUACACUUCAGGAGGUUCAAGUGCCCAUUCUAUCGCAGGAUGAAUGCCGAAAGAGUCGCUAUGGAAACAAGAUCACGGACAAUAUGUUGUGCGGAGGAUACGACGAGGGCGGCAAGGACUCGUGUCAGGGCGAUAGUGGAGGUCCUUUGCACAUCGUGGCAAGUGGAACGCGAGAGCAUCAAAUCGCCGGCGUGGUUUCGUGGGGCGAGGGCUGUGCCAAGGCCGGUUAUCCUGGUGUCUAUGCCAGAGUGAAUCGCUAUGGAACCUGGAUCAAGAACCUCACCAAACAGGCUUGCCUUUGCCAGCAGGAGACCAAGAAGAUCAAGUAGCGACCAUCUAGCUAUUUCUGUAUCUUUUAAUAGUUAAAUGCUCUUGCUGGGUUGGAAAGUUAGCAUUGGGGAUAUUUGCAAAUCUUGUGGGAACUAUAAAAAUUAUCGUUUAUUAUAGAUGCAACAUUUAUAAUAAUAUUGAUAGUUCAUUGGGACUUUAAAUCUUCCUUUUAAUGUGAUAUUUCUCAAGGUCUUAUUUCGAUAUAAAAAAAUCUAUUCAAAUAAAAAAUAUUUAUUUAACACAAGUUUCCCAUAGGAUUUGCUCUUAUCAUCCUUUCUUAAUUUACAAAAGUUCAAUAGCACAGUUUGAAAGACAAGUUUUCCUUGCAUAAAGCUUGUUAUUUCCUAUAGUAAAUCACUCAUCCAAUAUCCCAAGAAACAAAUUAUUUUCUAUGAAAACAACUUUGCAUUUUCUAGGGAUAUUUGUUUCAAACCUUAUAUAGAUUUCAGAGAACAAUUUUCCUACUCCUGCAAGAGUAUUUCAGCUUCGGCCUUGUCGAAGGUUCUAUUCUCAAGCUGUUUUAUAUUUAUUGAU